GAAUGGGAAAUAAUAAUAGCUAAGAAUCCACUAAGUUAGCCUAAUUGUAUUCCGAAUAUCAACCAACUAAAACAAGAGAUGAAUGUAUUUUAAUCAAUCAAUUUAGAAUUUGGAGAUUGUACAGUCCUAGUUAAUAAAUCAAAUUCUAAAAUCAAACUUAUUUUAAAAGAAUAUACAUACACUGAUGAAACCCUUUUUAAGAAAAGUAAAAAGUAAUUCGAAAAUAAACAAUAAUUAACUCAAAAUUAAUAUAUUCUUAAAAUUCUUGACAUCUAUACUACCUAAGAUUAAUAAGUGUGUAGUCAAUUUUUUAAAAUAUACUUAUUGAUAGAACAUCCUACAUCUUAAUUAUCUGCAACAUAAUUGGCUUCAUAAGAUUAUUGGGCGGUUUUGUUUGCAUAUGUUAGAGCAUUAGAAGUAUUAUAAAAUAAAUCUAUUUAACAUGAACAUAUAUCAUAAAAAACCUUAUACUUACCUCCUAAAAUAUGUGAUCCUUCACUUUAUGAAUAAUCCACAAAUUUUUAAUAGCUCUUUCAAAAUAAUAAAAUUAAUGAUAUAUAUCUAUCACCUUAAUAAACUAUGGCUUUAAGAUAAAAAGAAUUUCAACCUCUACAUAAUCCAUAUAAGAGUGAUGUAUUUAUACUUGGUAUGUGUAUGUUAUAAAGUAUCUUAAGAACACCUUUGAAUGAUUGUUAUAAACAAUUAUAUUUAGUAGAAGAAGUUCUUCUAACAAAAUUACAUCAAUUAAAUACUCUUGUAUAACCAUAAUUAUUUGAAGUAAUUUAAUCUAUGUUAUAAAUCUAAGAAAUCUAAAGACCAGAUUUUAUUAUCUUAUCAAAAUUAUUAGAUUAAAAAUAUUAAGAAUCUACAUCUAUUACUAAUUUUAAAUAUUAACUUAGAUCAUUUAAUUCAGAAGAUCAAUAAUAAAGUAAUAUAUAAUAAAAUUCUUAACAUUAAUCUAAUGUUCAAUAUUAAUAAUAAACUCUUCCCAUUAUGAAAUAAAUCAAAAGUUCUAAAUCUAAUGUAAAGAAACCAUCUCUAAGAGAUAUUAUUACAGAAUAAUCAAAUACAAAUUCUACUAUGGCUAGUAGAAUGAAGGAAGAUAUAGUUCAACCUAAUAUACCUGAUAAUACUGAUUUUGUUUAAUAAAUUGUUUACUCUUAAUUUAUUUCAAAACCUUCAAAAAUUGAUGAAAAUAUAGAUAAUAAUUAAAAUGAUGAAAAUUUUACUAAUAGAUCCUAAAAUUUGCCAUUACAAGAUCAUACUGAUUAACAUGUUAAUAAAAAUUUUUAAUUAAAGCUUAGUAAUAUUAAUGUCAAAGAAUCUCAAUAAUAAUUUUCAAUCCCUUUUGAUCUGCCUUAAUAAUAACCAUAACCACAUAUUUCUGGAUUUUCUUCUUAAGGAGAAAUUUUUGUAAAUGAAUAAUACUAAGAUGGUUCUAAAUAUAAUGGAUAUAAAUUCAAUGGGAUGAGACAUGGAUAGGGUAUCUUUUAUUAUAAAGAUGGAGGAUAUUAUGAUGGAAAUUGGUAGUUCAAUCAUAUGCAUGGAUAUGGUAUCUAUAUUAUUUAUUAUAAAUCAUAGGUACUCUUUAUUAUUCAAAUGGUAAUCCUGCUUAUAAAGGAUCAUGGAAUUAAGACAAAUUUUAAGGUUAUGGAGUAUUGUAUAAUGAAAUGGCAUCCUAAUUAAAUGAGCCAUUCAAUUAUCAAGAUUUUGAUCAUAUUGAAGAGUAAUUCUAUACUUUAAUGUAGCUUUUGGACAAAAUAUGAAGGAGAGUUUAAUGAAGAUAACAAAGAAGGACAAGGUACUCUUUAUUUGUCAAAUGGUGAAAAGUUUUGUGGACAAUUUUUUAAUGAUUAUAUAAAUGGAUUUGGUAUAUUUCAUACAAAGAAUUAAAAGAUUGUAGAAGGAAGAUGGGUCAAUAAUAAAUUAAUUAAGUGA